AUGGGCGGAAGGUGUGAAGCAUGCAGAGCAAACCUAAAUGUUACUCAAAAACAAAUAAAAUGCACACAAUGUUCGCAUAACUACCAUUCAGAGUGCAUAAAUUUUAAUAAUGAUACUGCUUCAAGAUCUGAAUGGAAGUGUCCCGCUUGCACUGCUUCUUGUCGAAAAGGUGGUGAUAACAGUAACACUCCGAUACGAACUAAUAAGUCUCCUUCCAACACCGUUUACGAUAAAACUACGUAUAGAUCAUCAAACAAAAGUACUGACCAGCCUACAUGUAUCACUGAGACCAGUAGUUGCCAACCAUAUAAUUUGGAAUUAAUUAAUAGCAUAGAGUUAGACAAAAAACUCAGUGCUAUAAAAUUCGAUAUAAUUCAAGAGUUGAAAUUAUCACUUAUCACUGAAAUAAAAAACGAAAUAACUAGUAACCUUAAACAGCUGUAA